AAAAAAAAUAUUUAGUCUGUGGGUUUUGAAAAAUUUACGAUAAUCAUACAAUUAUAUAAUUCAAGUGUAAUUAACUAGAAGAAAACAUAUGAAGACGAUAGUAUAGUAUACUUAUGAUAGUGACGACAACCAUUCAAUGAAUAAUAGUAAUAAUAGUCCAAAUACGAUAAUAAUAAGACAUGACUCACUCUCAGACAAUAAGGUAGCAGCAACUUUACCAUUACCAAUACUUCCAAAAGCGGUACCUGAAGCCAAAGUUCAUUUAAUAUCAGGUGGUAUCGCUGGAUUAGUUUCUGCAAUCACUUUACAACCAUUGGAUUUGUUAAAGACAAGAUUACAACAACAACAUAAGAUUGAAAAUAAAUAUGUUAGAACCACUAUAACUGAAGAAUUAAAAAAAUUAACCCAAUUAAAAGAUUUAUGGAGAGGUGCUUUACCCUCGACUUUAAGAACUUCGAUUGGAGCUGGAUUAUAUUUCACAACGUUAUCUCAUUUAAGAUCAUCAUUAGCCACUUAUAAAUCGAAAACGAUAGCCACAUCGUCAUCAUCUACUUCUAUAUUACCUAAAUUAUCACCAUUAGAGAAUUUAUCCAUAGGGUUUAUAGCCCGUGCUACGGUGGGUCUUAUUACUAUGCCAGUUACAGUGGUUAAGACAAGAUAUGAAUCCAAUAUAUAUAAUUAUCGAUCAAUCCUCGAUAGUAUAGUAGGGAUCUAUAAGAAUGAUGAUUUAACUAAUAAAGGAUCAUUUAAGAAUUUCUUUAAAGGGUCCAUAGCUACAUUAGCUCGAGAUUGUCCAUAUGCUGGAUUAUAUGUGUUAUUUUAUGAAAGUUUUAAGAAUGAAUUGUUACCUAGGUUUAUUCCUGCUAAUGAUACAACUAAUAAAAAUGGAGCUCAAAUUAUAAAUUCAUCAGCCGCCGUUUUAGCAGCAAGUUUAUCAACCACCAUAACAGCUCCCUUCGAUGCUAUAAAGACAAGAUUACAACUAUCCGAUGUUAGAAAUGGACAACAGCAGAAAUCAAUCUUACAAAUUACCAAAGUAUUAGUUAAUGAAGAAGGAGGAAUUAGUAAUUUAUUCAGAGGAUUAUCGUUAAGACUUGGUAGAAAAGCCAUUAGUGCUGGUAUAAGUUGGUGUAUUUAUGAAGAAUUGAUCAAAAGUUCGAUAUUCUCCACUAAAAAGUUUUCCUAAUGAUAUUUAAUGUAUAACUUAUUCCAUAUUAGACUUGUAAAUAGCUUUAGAUCUAUAAUGAAAUCAUAUAAGAACAACUUUUCCUGUAUACAAACCCCACUCUCUUUUGAACCUCGGAACAAAGCAUCAUUUUUUUUUGGUUGAACUUCCUCCACCUUAAAACGACGAAGAAAAAGAA